CCAUUAAUUAAUCUGGAGGACAAUGAAACUUUCUACUCCACGAUACACAUUUUGUUUAUUUUUCCAAUUAGCGUUCAUGUACUGCGAUCUUAUAUUUAAUUGUGUCAGUUUGUUUCCGAGAAGCCGCGAUGGUUUACUCGUUUUAUUUAUAUUCCAGGACCUUUUUCUCGUGCUUUCCGUUACCAUGAUGCUGAUGACAUUCUUCUCCACGUACCUAUUCCAAGCUGGGCUGGUGGAGGUGUUGGUGCGCAAGUUUCGGUCGGCCGGCGCAUUGUGCGCGGCGUACGUGGCCGCCAGCGUGGCGCUGCACGCCGCGUGGCUGCUGGACAAGUGGGCCGCACCCGACGCCGUCUCCACGCCGCUGCUCAUAUGCCUGUUCACUCUACAGAGAUGCUUGUCACCGUGGUACUACUUUGUGUACAAGCGGGCGGCGCUGCGCGUGAGUGAUCCUCGUUUUUACGAGGACAUCGAUUGGAUCAACCGGCAGCUCCAGACUCACUGAAUAUGUUCUUCUUAUAUGUAGAAAGACGGAAAGCGCAAAAAUGUAUAUUAUUAUUAAUCGAGUUUUUAGGUUUUCGCGAUUGUAACACUCAGGAAAUGACACUUUGUUUUCGGAUCUAAAUCGCGUAUAUUUCUUUUUUAUUUAUUUUCGGGCCCAUAACAGGUCCCUUGGUUACGACAGACAGCAAUCACAAAACAAAUGUACACAUUUUAGAUCCAAAAAAAUGGUUCAUUACAUAUUAUUAAGUUAAUAAAAUGGAAGUAAAUUCUCCGCGGACCGAAUGAAGGUUAAAUAAUCGGUUAAAAAUCGUGCAAAAUAGCUGCGCUUGUGUUAAAUAUAAUUUUUCCCACUCUUCCUCCGCAUAAAAUUAAUAAAAUAAAUAACACAAGCGCAACUACAGCCAUAAACCACCAUCAAAAAUAACCCGACACGUGUUUCGCCUCUACACGAGCCAUCUUCAGUUGUUGAUGAUUGCUCGACGCUUGGCCAAAGAAUUGAUUCUUCACACGAUUUAACCUUUAAUUUUAUUUAUUUCGCACGAUUUAACCUUCACUUCCGCAAAGUUACGCCUGAAUCUAUUAAUUAUUAUUAAGUUACAUAUUAUUAGUGUAUAUAGCAUUUAACUUCUAGUCAUAUUGAGAUCUCAUUCAACUAAUGGGUUUGUUAUUGUAAAGAAACAUCUGGGAUAAAAAACUUUUAAGUACUUAGAGUAAUGCAGCUUUUAUUAUAGAAUGUCGUAGGUAUACAAACUAUACAUUGAAAACUAUUUACACUUGAUAAGUAACAACAAACAAUAUUUCACUUAAUAAACCUCUGAG